AUGGGGACAUCAUGCUUUAUCAAAGGUAUACCUCUACACAUUCUUGCCGAGAUUCUCAGCUGGUUAGACACGCUCGCCGACAUCUGUCCUGUCAUUCAGAGCCACCGCAUCUUUUGGGAAGCUUUCAGAAUCGGCACCCAUGCCAUCGCCCGGAACAUCGUUGCAAGACAAAUCCCACCCAAUAUGCUCCCUUUCGCGGCUGCCUUGAUUGAAUCGAAACAGAUCUACAUAGGGAGUCAAGCAACUGUGAAGAACGUUCUCUUGCGUCUCGAAGCUCGCAUUCAUGACGAUGCAGCCAAUGAUGGAGCGUUUUUCGGCCGCUUGACACUACUUGAGUGCGCUUCCUUAAGUCGUGACCUCUCAGCUACCGUGAUUCUCAAGGACGACUGCAUCUGGGAGUCACUUGCUGCAUUCACAAGCAUGUUUCAGAUAGAACAUCAGGCAAACAUCUCAGAACAGGAGCACUAUCGACUGAAUCGAGCCUUCCUCAGGUAUCAGCUUAUGUGCAAUCUUUUCUGUGUUGCAAGUAAAGCUGGAGGCCCACGUGAGGGUCAAGAAAAUUCCCAACGGUUCUUUGCAACCUUCUCACCCUGGGUCAAUGAGCAGCUCAUGUGCGUAUACGUCUACCUCGAACGCAAAAUUACUGACGCGCUCGACGACGUCGCCAUGAACGACGUAGAAUGGGGUAGUUCCUCUGUUGACUGGAGCGAAGAUGGAAGUGAAUCUUCUCGGAUUCAGUGGCAUCUGUCGCGCGGCCUCCCAUUUAUGCUGAGCCUUCUCCGAGCCAAAUUGUUUCACAAGAGACGCGAACUACUUCCUUUUCAUCUUGGAAAGUUACGGCGAGAAGACACUGAGCCGUUCUACAACUUGAUGCUCAUGCUACCGAGGGAUGGCAUGUCUGAUAUUCUCAGCCCUGAGAGCCCCGGGGACACAUUACGGUCUUGUUCAUUCGCAAACAUCCGUGCACUAUCACGACCUUCGGAUGGCACGCAUGAAAGUGGAUUCUCGACCCCCCAUAAGUUAUGGGCUGCUGCACACGGCCACCAGUCAGUGUGCAACAUAUCAAUAGACGCACAAUCUCUGAGGAACCACUGGGACUGCAUAUAUCUCAUGUGGGACGUGGAAGAAGAAGAUAGGCACACGUUGGAAGACAAAUCCGACAAUGUGCUGUAUAUGAAGCCUUCCUUCCACAGAGCCCAUGAAUCAUAUGCAGUCGACGACGUAAUUCGCUCGGAGAAGCAGAGGUCAUAUAUUUGGCUGGCUGGAGGGCGAGGGUACUGGCCUUUUCUUGCCAAGGACUUCAGCGGAGUCUCUGGAUUGAGCGAGAAUCAAAAGGAAAAUCUGUUGGCAAGAUUCAAAAGUGAGGAAGAGAUGGGAGUUGAUCAUGCGUGGGGACAGCAGGUAACCAUCACCGAAGGUCAUUGA